AUGUAUAGUAUAAGUCUAUUUGAAAUAGGUUCUUCAUCUUGUCCAAUAUUACCAAUAGUUAAUUUUUCUAUUGAACAAAUAGCUCGUGUCUGUGAAACAUUAGAAGAAAAUGGUGAUAUUCAAAGAUUAGGAAGAUUUCUGUGGUCAUUACAAGUUUCACCAACAUCAUCAAAUAUAUUAAUUGAACAUGAAAGUAUUUUACGUGCACGUGCUCUCAUUGCUUUUCAUUUGGGAAAUUAUCAAGAAGUUUAUCAUUUAUUAGAAAAUUAUAAAUAUACACGUAAUCAUCAUACAAAAUUACAAACAAUGUGGAUGGAAGCACAUUAUCAAGAAGCUGAAAAAUUACGUGGAAGACCAUUAGGACCAGUUGAUAAAUAUCGUGUACGAAAAAAAUAUCCAUUACCACGUACAAUAUGGGAUGGAGAAGAAAAAAGUCAUUGUUUCAAAGAACGAACACGUUCAUUAUUACGAAAAUCGUAUUUAGAAGAUCCAUAUCCAAAUCCAAUAAAAAAACGUCAACUUGCACAAAUAACUGAAUUAACAGCAACACAAGUUGCAAAUUGGUUUAAAAAUCGACGACAACGUGAUCGAGCAGCUAAAGCAAAAAAUCGACAAUUAUUUAGUUUACCUAAUCAUUCUUAUUCUCCAUCAUUAUCAACUCAAACAUCAACAACAUAA